GACCUGACUGAUUGCGAUUCCUUUAAGAACCUUCCUCGGGAUCUACCGGAGAAAGUAAGCAUUUGAGGCGUUUGUACAUACUAUUAUGGGUCCGAGGGUACGAAAGUGUUUACCGGCAAAACGCGUUCUUCUGCUUCUUUGAUUUCCUGCGUGAAUCUUUUCUUCUCUGCAAACCUCGACCAGCGCUCGUUCAUACUCAAGACUGGGCCUGAUAACUGCAUCAGCUCGCUCAUUAAUACAUUCUUAACAUACAGCCACUCAAACCGACGAAAUCAGAAUGGCUGAGAAGACGUUCUCUCUGAAAGACAAAUCCCUGAAGCUGGAUACGGCGGCGGAUAUCGCGCCCUAUAUCGAGGAGCUUGAAAAGGUCGAUGGCGUCGAGGUGGUUGAUUUGUCGGGAAAUACCUUUGGUGUUGAGGCGUCGGAGGCCUUGGCUAAGGUGCUGAAGGAGAAGAAGACACUAAAGGAAGUGAACUUUGCGGAUAUGUUCACCGGCAGACUAAAGGACGAGAUUCCGGCAUGUUUGGAACAUCUGCUUCCUGCCCUCUUGGAGCUCCCGGACCUGACAAAGAUCAACCUCUCCGACAAUGCGCUCGGUCUGUCAGCCGUCGAUCCGCUCUCGGACUUUCUAUCCAAGCACACGCCGCUCAAAGAUCUGAUUCUGGCCAACAACGGAUUUGGACCGAUUGCGGGUGCCAAGGUUGCUACCGCGCUGCGUGAUCUUGCAAAGGCGAAAGAGGAGGCGAAGAGCCCUUAUGCGCUCGAGACUGUGAUUUGCGGACGAAACAGAUUAGAGAACGGCAGUAUGGAGGCGUGGAGUGCGUGCUUUGCCGCUAACAAGGAUAUCAAGGAGAUCAGACUUUACCAGAAUGGAAUCAGACAGGAAGGUAUCGAGACGCUACUCACGACCGGUCUCGCAAACAGCAAGAAGCUGCAACGGUUGGAUUUGCAGGACAACACAUUUACUGUCAAGGGUGCUUUGGCGCUUGCCAAGGUGAUCCCCAACUGGACAGAGGAACUGGUCGAGCUUGGAAUCGGCGACUGUCUGCUUUCGACUCGAGGAGGUGUGGUUCUCGGCAAAGCGUUGCUCGAGGCGGGAAAGUUUCCCAAGCUGGAGGUUUUGCGAUUACAGUAUAACGAGAUCGACGCCGAGGGAGUCGAGCUCAUCACAUCUGCGCUGCACACGACGUUGGAGAACAUCAAGAAGUUGGAGUUGAACGGCAACAAGUUUUCCGAGGAUCAUCCGAUAGUUGGCAAGAUCAACGAUUUGUUUGAGGAUCGUGGGUUUGGCGAGUUGGACGAUCUGAGUGAUAUGGAGGAGGACAGUGACGAAGAGGAAGAUGAGGAGGACGAGUCUGACGAGGAGGAUGAGGCAAAGUCUGAGUCUGUCGAGCGGGAUGAUGCGCUUGCAGAGGACGAGCCGGUCGCGGAGGAAGACAACGACGACGAGAUCGCGGCAAAGAUGGGCACUCUGUCUAUCUGAGCUUGCGAAGCUCAAGCAACCCUUUGUAUGAUAUCAGUUUUAAUUUUCUCUUUCAAGUGCUACGCAGGCUAUUAACAGCUACCAGAAGGAUAAAUUAAUAAAUCGUAAUAAGAAUAAAUCGUAAUAAGAACAGCAUUAAGCAAGGAU